AUGGCGUCUAGCUACACCAUUCACCCGGCCAAGGCCGCUCCUACGCUAAAAAUCCCCAAAGGUGCUUCUGCCACAGUUUCAAUCAUUGAUACCACCUCUAGGAUACAGGCACCUGUCGGCCUCUUCAUGCACCCGGCCAUACCCGGACACGAACAUCUCAACGCUCCGGCAUUCAGCUUCUUGAUAGAGCAGCAAAAGUCUGGCAGGAAAAUCCUGUUUGAUCUGGGAUUGAGAAAGGACUGGCAAAGUCACCCUCCUGCCGUUCUCAAACUCAUCUCGGGACCUGGCUGGGCAAUGGAGAUUCAAAAAGAAUGUGGCCGAUAUUUUGCAGGAAAAUGGGUUGAUCGGAGGAGGGGGAGUAAAGGUGCUUCCUUUCCGGCUUAUCCUCACAACGGCGAAUCGCCUCUUCUUGAGAGUGACUUUGUGGGUCGCGAGUACCAAGAAAUUGACUUCGACAAGGGGCCGACACACAAAGUCGGUAAUUACAGAGGUAUCGACUAUUUCGGAGAUGGGUCCUUCUAUAUCCUUGAUGCGCCUGGCCAUGCUAUUGGGCACGUAGUUGGUCUUGCCCGUGUGACAUCGACUCAAGAUGGCGACCCUGAAGAUACAUUUGUCUUGAUGGGAGCUGAUACAGCUCACCAUGGCGGAGAAUUCAGACCAACUGAAUACCUUCCCAUCCCCAAAGAUAUUACGCCGUCUCCCUAUGUUGCUAAGUAUGCUUCGACUUGCCCUGGUCAUAUCUUUGAGUCGAUCCACCCGCGCAAGAAGGCAGUCGACCCUUUCUACCACCUUCACGAUGAAGUUCCACACAACAAACAACAAGCCGACCACUCGUGUGGGCUGAUGCAGGAAUUCGAUGCUGCGGACAACGUUUUCGUCAUCAUCGCUCACGAUGCAACCUUGCUGGAUCCACGUGUCGGAAUUGAGUGGUUCCCACAUGGAACGCUCAAGAACUGGAAGGUUAAGGACUCCGACAAUAAGGCUCGCUGGUUAUUCUUGCAGGAUGUUACACAGGCUCUGGAAUAA